UAAAAGUAUGAAACUCUACAGCUAUUCGAUUAGUUUGGUUACAGAUUCUAUGAUUUCGGAGCUAUGGCUCUCAAUCUUCAUUGUUACCAUUCAUCAGCUCGCUUCCUUUCUCUCCAUCCAAAACUUCAAGUUAUUCGCUCCGAUCGUCUGAAUCGCACUUCGAAACUGAGUUCAAAUUCGCCCAAAUUCCUCAGAAUUCGAAGCUCCGCGGAUUCGAACAACCAAUUGACGCUUAGAACUUGCAGAAAUUGCAAGGCGCAAUUUGACCCCUCCCUCAAUCACCCACGAGCUUGUCGAUUUCACACUGCACAUUUUGGAGGUGAAACAAAGAGAAAGUUUGAAAGUGUACACUCAGGAGGAACAAUGGACACUCCAGACUCUGGCAAAGUUUUUCAAUACUGGCAUUGUUGUGGGUCUGAGGAUCCUUUCGAUCCAGGAUGUACUGCUUCUCCGCACUCGUCCUACGACGAUGAUUAAUACUGUUAAUCAACAACCUUUUCUCCAGGUCCCCUUCAUUCUUGUAAGACUCCGGAUCUAUUUUUUUUCUCCUUCCUGAAGGUGUCGUGUACAAGUGUACAUAUUCAUAUCCUAUCUUAAAAGUUCACUUCUUGUAUGAAAAUUCAUCUUACUUUGUUGCUUCUUUACAUGGAAUUGCCAAGAAUUUUAAUAUAGUUAAUUAUGUUGGAAAUCUGUAUCAAUGGCAAAUUUGUAUUGAUAAUAAUCGAAUAAUGUUAGCAAAAUAGAAAGUACUGUGUAUCGGAGCUACACACUUCAACACUUAAAUUAGUAUCAAGUUUGUAAAUUGUUUAGAUGGAAGAUAGUUAUUGUAUUUUUCGUGACUGUUUCACACCACCUUAAGUUAGUAUCGACUAUAGGCUUGUAGAUCGGUUGUCAAUAUUUCACCUAUGACAAAUUAUCACUAAACUUUUGGGAAAGUCAAUUUCCUAUAAUGUACUUGUAGCAAGGUUUAUACAGAUGUAGAGGCUGGCUGAUGAGUUUGAUCUGAUUGACCUGGGGUCUGUUAUGAGAUAGGCGAAGAGUCUGACGAGCUGAGCAAAGUUGCUAUGCACAUGCGGCUGGAGAACAAGGUCUCGAUGAACCAAUCUAGCGGGAAUGACCGACCGGCUCCGCAAGAAAAGAAGGUUUCAGAACAUGUACUGAGAGGCUCCUUGUGCAAUCUUCAUUUAUCCACUUUGUUUACCAAAGGUUUUAUGGGUGCGAGAGGAAGUCUCUUAAAUUUGUAUAAUGCAUUGCCAAUUUGCUAUGUUCUUUUAAUUCUUUUUCUUUGAUGGAAGAUUUUGUCAUAUUAAUAACCUACUUAAGUUAGAGAGAUACGUUAUGAUAUGAAUAACUUUAAAUACCUAUACAAUUAUUUGAA